AUGGUGACGUAACUUGGAGUGGGCGUUUCUUAGCCAGCACACACUAGGUGUUAGUCACGUGCGCUUCAGCACAGGCGCCGUGACGCAAUCGCCAUGAAGGGGCGGAGUUACGGAGCGACGGAGCCCACUGAUGGUCAAAUGUUGAUGACGUCGAAGCGGCUAUUGUAUCGCGUUUUGUUGUGCACGUACAGACGUAAGCUUGCGUGCAGUAGGCGGGGCUUGAGGAGAAAGGGAAAGAGUGGAGUCAGGGACGGAGAGGGGAGACGGAGAGAGAUAUCGGGGAGUCCCAGCGCCCCCCAACACUGCAGCUCCCUCACUGUGACACCGGCUCCCAGGGGCCCCUACUCCCCCAUUUCCGGCUCCCAGGGGCCCCUACUCCCCCAUUACAGGCUCCCAGGGGCCCCUACUCCCCCAUUUCCGGCUCCCAGGGGCCCCUACUCCCCCAUUACCGGCUCCCAGGGGCCCCUACUCCCCCAUCACCGGCUCCCAGGGGCCCCUACUCCCCCAUUACAGGCUCCCAGGGGCCCCUACUACUCCCCCAUUACAGGCUCCCAGGGGCCCCUACUCACCCAUUACAGGCUCCCAGGGGCCCCUACUCACCCAUUCCAGGCUCCCAGGGGCCCCUACUCACCCAUUCCAGGCUCCCAGGGGUCCCUUUUCCCCCAUUCCAGGCUCCCAGGGGUCCCUUUUCCCCCAUUCCAGGCUCCCAGGGGUCCCUUCUCCCCCAUUACAGGUUCCCAGGGGUCCCUUCUCCCCCAUUAUAG